AUAAAAAUUAAUAAUAAAUAAGCGUCGUCUGCUAAAUUCGUCGAAUUGUAUUCAAUUUGUUCCAUGGAUCGAAAGCACGGAUUCUUCGCCUCUCUCAAGGAGGAGGUCAUUCGUGGAUUGUCGCCGGCGCGCUCGACCAGCGCCCGGAGUCCGUCUCCGUCUCCUUCUUCUUCUUCUUCCUCCUCCCGUCGCCGGAGAAAAGGCAGCGGCGGAGGAGCUAUCCGGCCAGGGGUAGAGACGCUGUCGCCUCUCCCGGAGGGUCCGGAUCCGACGGCAGGAUCCGACUCCGACGACCCGAGGAGCGACGGGUGGGCUCACUGGCUCUGUCGCGCUCCAGUUUCCAAUUCCGCCGCCGGCUCGCCGGAAUAUUCUAGGUCGAAUCUCCGACUCCUGCUCGGAGUCCUCGGCGCGCCGCUGGCGCCGGUGCACGUUAGCACCAACGAUCCUUUACCUCAUCUCUGCAUCAAAGACACCCCCAUUGAAAGCUCGUCGGCUCAGUACAUACUGCAGCAGUAUGUGGCGGCGUCGGGCGGGGCGAAGGUGCAGGCGGCGAUCCAGAAGGCGUACGCGACGGGGAAGGUGAAGAUGUCGGCGUCGGACAUUGAAACGCCGACGAAGGUGAUAAAGAAGAAGCAGUCGUCGAGGUCGUCGGAGUCCGGCGGGUUCGUUCUCUGGCAGAUGAGCCCCAACAUGUGGUACGUCGAGCUCGCCAUCGCCGCCAGCAAAAUCCACGCCGGCUGCAACGGCAGCCUCGUCUGGCGGCACACCCCCUGGCUCGGCGCCCACGCCGCCAAGGGCCCCGUCCGGCCCCUCCGCCGCACCCUCCAGGGUUUGGAUCCGUGGACGACGGCGAGCAUGUUCGUGAACGCGAGAUGCACCGGAGAGAAGAAGAUCGACGGCGAGGAUUGCUUCGUCCUGAAAAUCGGCGCCGACGGGCAGACUCUGAAGGCCCGGAGCGAAGGUCCGGCGGAGAUUAUCCGGCACGUUCUGUUCGGCUACUUCAGCCAGAAGACGGGCCUUCUCGUGCAUUUAGAGGAUUCUCAUUUGACGCGAAUUCAGACCGCCGCCGGCGAGGCUGUCUACUGGGAGACGACGAUCAACUCCUUCCUCGACGACUACCGCCCUGUCGACGGCGUAAUGAUUGCCCACUCCGGCCGGUCUCUGGUGACUCUAUUCAGAUUCGGCGACACGGCGAUGACCCACACGAAGACGACGAUGGAGGAGACCUGGACGAUUGAAGAAGUCGCAUUCAACGUCGCCGGCGUGUCGCCGGACUGUUUCAUUCCGCCGGCGGAGCUGAGAUUCGAUUCCGUCGACGGCGAACUGUGAAUGCAAAUCAAAAUCUGUAUAUAUAUAUAUAUAUAACCCCACGAUUAAAUGCAUCGAUCCUGUUUCAGAAUUAAAAUCCACAGAGAAUAAUUUCUGCCAUUGCCAAUCAAAUGUAAAUUUUAAA